AUGGGCUUGCCCGACGAUGCAAGUCCCUCGCCUGCACUUCAAGGACUGCCAAAUGAACUGCUUGCCUCUAUCUGCUCUCUACUUUGCAAUCUCGACGUCAAGAGCUUACGUCUUACUUGUCGAGCCUUGAGAGACAAGUCGUAUCUGCGAUUUGACCGCAUUUUUAUCUCUGCCAAUCCACGGAACGUCGAAGUCUUUCUCGCAGUCGCCAACCAUGACGUUUUCCGUCAUCGCGUGAAAGAGAUUAUAUGGGAUGACACCUUGUUGAGGGAAAUUCCCAUUACGGACGACCGUGGCUCUUGUGGCUAUAGCGAGGAUGAGAGUGACUCUGAUGCCAGUGCCGAGGAUGAGAGUGAUUCUGAUGCCUGUCCUGAGAAUGAGGACAAGGAACAGAUCUCGAAGGCUUUUGUUCGUCUUUGCAAAGACAGCAUCUUUCUUACCGAGGGCAGAUUGACGUACAGGGAUUGGUACCAGAGCGACAGCGAAGCGCACAUUGGCACCCUGAACGAAGUGCAGAAUCAGCGUGAUAACCUGAUGCCCACUCGAGACUCACUGGCGUACUAUACAGAUCUCUUACAUCAGCAAAGUGAGCUGCUGUCAUCGAGCGCAGAUGAGGAGGCUUUUCGGUAUGCCAUUCAACGUUUCCCACAGCUCACCAAGGUCACCAUUACACCGGCGGCACAUGGAUUUCUCUUUAUGCCACUCUAUGAGACGCCAAUGGUCCGAGCAUUUCCAUCUGGGUUUGUAUACCCAAUUCCUCGUGCCUGGCCACGUGACGACAUCCUCCGAGGAUGUCCAGAGGAUUGUCCUGAAGGAUGGGAAAACGACGAAGAGAGGAAACAGUGGCGCGGAUUCUGCAUGGUUUCAAAGGCUCUAGACGAUUUUGCAGACAAGCUUCAAAUCUCUGAGUUUGUGGUGGAUGGCCACAAGCUCCCCACUGGGAUUGACUACACUCUCUUCGACAAGCCAAAUCAAGAGUAUGAUAGCCUGUGCAAGAUUGUGGCACGGCCAGGAUUCAAACGGCUUGUUCUCUCGCUAACAAAUGGGUACCGUGCGUUGAACUUUCCUGGUUCCGAAGAUUUGGGUAUCUAUAAGAACGGCAGGAUAUCCAAUCUUCUGGCAAAAGCGACCGACUUGGAGGAAGUUACCUUGCAGAUCAAUGAUGAAUUGAGCUCUUGGACUUGCGACAUGGAAGACUUUAUAUCGCUCUAUGAUAUCUUUCCAGUCGACACUUUCUCGAUUGGAAAACUAAGACACUUUGGGCUUUCCGGGUUGUCAGUCAAACAGGAUGAUCUCAUUUCUUUUCUCGGCAAGCUCCCGUUAACACUAAAAUCUGUCGAACUCAGCUUUCUCGCCUUGGUCAGGGGUCAUGGAACCCACGCUACCAUGUUGGCUGAUAUUCGAGACAAAUUAGGGUGGAGGCAUCGACCUGUCAAUGAAAGGGUCAAGGUCAGCAUUUCAAUGAUGCUCAAUGUACGCGCCGAAGGGCGCUACGUGUGCCUCGACAAGGAGGUUCACGAAUACGUCUACGGCGAUGGCCCAAUGCCCUUUAUCGCUAGCGAGAGGUGGGAAGUGGCUCACUUUACAUAG